AUAACCAACAAAACCAUACAGAAGAAGUUGUGAUAACCAGUCCAAUAUCUCAUUCAGAAGUAACACAGUUAAGCAUUACUGAAUCACAGCAUCACUCCAACAUUGGUAAAACAAAAACAAUGAGUGGGUGGACAUAUAAUUAAACAGGUUUUUCCAUUUUUAGAAAACGUAGAAAUCCAACCAGACAAGAGUGUCCCAUUAGCUGAUGUGAAUACAACUCAACCACAAGGUACAGUAGGUUUGCAUCUUUUUCACACAUGCAAUGUGCUCCACUUUCACAAAGAAAAGGUCAGCAAGAUACAUAUGUUGUACUUUUCCAGCAGUUUGUAGUCAGAUCAAAAUCCCUCCUGUUAUGCCCAAACGUGGACGUCCAAAAGGAGCUGACCUAACAGUCAUUGGAAUACCAAGAAAAAGGAAGGAGAAGAAGAGUUCUGGAAAGGAUAAGCCAACACCUUUUAUGAAAAAGCAGGCUACUGAUAAAGAUAAAGGUAAGAGAUUGGGACAAAAAAAAUAGUAUUAUAACAGUAAAAAUAUCUAUGAACUAAACUAGUUUGUAAAAUAUUAAUAAUUAUUAUUUUUAUAUGCUUAGUUAUGUUGUCAUGGUUAUUGUCAAAAGAUGAUGUUACUUCAGCUUUGAGUGGUGAUAUUAUCGACGAAACUGCUGUUGAAGUCCGACCAGAAAAGGUGCACCCUGGUUUAAUCGAUGAAAAUGUGAAUGUGUCAAGGCUCAGACCUUACUUCAACAAAGAUGCCUGGUUAUUGGUUAACCAGAUAAUUGCACAAGUGAGACAAGAUCCAACUUGGCUUUGCAAUGUGUGCAAAUGUGAUGUCGAAGAAGAUUGUGUGUCAUGUGACAGUUGUUUAAAUUGGUUUCAUUUUGAAUGUGUGACACUGAAGAAUGCACCAAAUGCAAAAUAUUGGUUUUGCAGGAAAUGUCAUAGUUUAUGCAAAAAUAAAUAG